GCUGAGACCCCCAGGAUGGUGCUGCAUCUCUCUCUGCUCCUGCUGCUCUCCUUCUGUACACAAGGAAUGAUGCAUUUCUCCUUCUCUCCCUCUCACGCAUCUGCACUAUUUCUCUCCCUCCAUGCCUCUCUCCCUGCCUCUGUCUAUCUCUGUCAGGAUGAGGCCGCACCAUCUUCUUCUCCCACAGUGCCUCCAGGGGAGGAGGAGGGCGAUGCGUGUGGAGAGGUCUUCUCCGUGGAGUCCAACCACAGGGCGGUGGAGGCGUCUCUCACCAAACUGGGCCUCACGCUGCUGGAGCACCUCAAACCAAGUCCAGAGCAACCCAAUGUCCUCAUCUCCCCCCUCAGCAUCGCCCUCGCACUCUCACAGCUGGCUCUGGGGGCACGCAAUGAAACCCAAGCACAGCUUCUGAAGGCACUCCAUGCCAGCGACCUGCCGUGUUACCACAAGCUCCUCAGUGGCCUGCAGCAACACCUCAACACCAUGGCCAUACAAGUGGCCUCCCGACUAUACCUGCGCCGAGGUUUCGAGGUUAAGAAGGAGUUUGUGCAGCGGUCAUUACAGCUGUACAGGUCAGAACCUGCCCCGCUGACCGACGUGGAGGAAGUCAACAAGUGGGUGGAGGAGGUUACGCAUGGUCACAUGACCAACUUCCUGACCACCAUACCUCCAAGUGUGGUUCUGCUGCUCUUAAAUGCACUCUAUUUCAAAGGGGAAUGGGAAUCCCGUUUUGACAAAGAGCUCACUGGCAAAGACCGGUUCUACAUCAACAGUACCACGCCUGUCGAGGUGGUCAUGAUGCUGGCUCCCAAGUAUCCACUGAGCAUGAUGCUCGACAAUGCACUUGGGGCCCAGGUGGCUCGAUUCCGAUUCAAGAACAACACCAGUUUCCUGGUGGUGAUGCCCACUGGCACAGGGCCGGAAAACGUGUCCACGGUAGCAGCAAAGCUGAACAUCUCGGACCUCUACGCUCGCUUGCCGGCUGAGAGCACCAUGCAGGUCAAAAUGCCCAAGUUUAAGCUGGAGUACAAGCAGGAGCUGCAGGAACCUCUGACCAAGAUCGGUCUGGGCUCUCUGUUCUCCUACCCGGACCUGUCCGGCAUCACAGAAGGACCCCUCCAGGUGUCCAGCGUGCAGCACGCUUCGGCCAUCACCCUGAGCGAGGAGGGCGCCGAGGCCUCGGCCGCCACCGCCAUCCACCUGCUCCGCUCCGUGCCCAUGUUCGCCGUCAACAUGCCCUUCCUGUUUGCCCUGACCGACGACGCCACACACGUGCCCCUGUUCCUGGGCGUCAUCACCAACCCCAACCCCCACAGCCCCGCUGUUGAGUGAUGGGAAAGCCGCAUAGUGACAACAUGAUGCAGGGAAAGAUAGGACAUUGGCCAUCACCCCACAAAGCCAAUGGCCCUCUUCUCCGUAAUAAACAAAGGCUUCAGUCAUACACAGUCCACUCAGGGUUCAGACCACUGAUAAUUCAUUUUUAUUCCUGAUACCUUUUUUUUUUUUUUUUUUUUUAAGGGAAUUUGAUGUAGAUUCAUGAUAGGAUGGGAUUCAUUUCAGUGAUUUGAGAAUGAGGAGGUUGCAAUGUAACAAAGUGUAAAAAGUGGUCUAAAGUGGUCUGCUCUCUGAAUGCACUGAAUGGUCUGCUUUGACGCUCUUGAAAAAGAACUGUUCUCUGUAGUCACGGGUUGAAACAGAUGGACCUGUUGAAAGACAACACAAAUCUCUUCAAGAAACUCCCAUUUGGCCAAAUUCUCAACAUCAUAUCUGUUGUUACCUCUUUGUGCAGUGUACGUAGUUGAGCGCUGAUAUACCUGAUUUGGCCCAAUAUAAUGAUGCAUUUUGUUCUAGUGUGUAUUAUUUUAGUUCUUUAUUGCUUCAGAGAAUGUUUCUUUUUUAAACAUGGUAACAUUUCUUUCUCGAAAAUAGUGUCUCAUGAUGAAAGGUGAAUUAUGAUUAUAUGGGAGUAUUAAAAAAGAAAAGAAA